AUGCCACCCAGACUCAAUCUCUUUACAGCACAGAAGGCCGCGGCCGCUCUCCGCCAGCCCGCCUCGUUCGCAUCUCGCAACGGCGCUUCACCUCUCCGAUUCCGCGCCGAACAGUCCGCCUCGAUUCAGACAAGAUGGAACUCGUCCAAGGGUGGCAAGAAGGUCAUUCCUCCUGAAGAGCAGAAGUUCCCGACUCAAGAUCCUCUGCCCCACGUCAGCGAAGAGGCUGCCGAGGUCGAUAGAAUUAUGAGCAAGGAGAAGAGCUGCGAUGGACAACCCACCGCUCCCGAACUGGAGCAAGGAACCCCAGUCGAGGAGAUUCUUUCCCGUGACAAGGAAGGCAUGAAGCACAUGCCAAAGGUCAUGCAAGACCAACUCAAGAAGGGCACCCGUUCGUUCUCGACCUCCGCUCGUAGCCGUCUGCCCGAGAUCCAAAACUCCCAAGCUGAGGGGGAUGCAUCUGCCGCCAUGCUUGCGAGCAUGAUCCAGGGAGUGGAAGAACAGGCAGCUGAGCGGAUUCCAGGCUUGAAGUUCGCCGAGCCCGAGGCCCCGCGGGGGACAUUGAACUUCCGGAAACGCUACGAUACCAUGCAGGACCAGUUCACCAAGAUGCUGAUGCAAGAUGGCAAGCUGGCUCGCGCCCAAAAGAACAUGUCCAUCAUUCUGGAUACUCUCCAAGGGUAUUGCUGGUGGUGGUACUGCCGUGCAAGUUCCCCACCCUUGACCCUGCGCCAGCGCCGUCGCACUGCCAUCAAGUGGAUUAUCGAUGGCUCAGAGAAGCGUCGUGAUGCGCAACUAGCGCAACGUGUCGCAAACGAGCUGAUCGCGAUCGCUGAGGGCCGUAGUGGCGUGUGGGACCGAAGGGACGGACAGCACAAGAUUGGUAUCUCUGGUCGUGCCAACUUGGGUCUGGCGCCCCGCCGUCGUUAA